AUGUCAGCAGUCAGAGCGUUGAUGAUUUUUUGCCUUUUCGCAAACAAUGUUUUUGGCAUCGAAGAUGCGUCAAAUAUGCAGUCGUAUGGAAUCAUGGAGAACAUUGAAGGGGCGAUUGAAAAUUUGGAAAACGUUGUGCAGAAGGGUAUCGAUGAUGGCUUAAACAUGAUCAACGAUGUUUACGAAAAGAUGAUGUCGCUGCCGAUGCAAGUUGUAUUAGAGACGAGGAAAGCUUUGACAGUUGUUAUCUCUAAGACUGGAGAUGAGAUUAAUGCGAUGGUGAAGAAGGCCGAAAACUUGGGAGUGGAUGUCUCGGAGUGCACCAAAAGCACCGAUUACAGUUUGAAUUCGAUAGCGAUCCGCGUGAUGCCUCCACUGAUGAAUUGCAUGCUCGGCAAGAUCUGCGAGGCCAAGGUCAUCCUGGAGAAGGCCGUCUCCGAUAUCAACGGUUACGUGGACGUCAUCUACGAGAUGCAGGCAAAAGUAACCGAGUGCGGAUCGGGUGUUGCAUCUUUAAAGUGCUUGGCCGGUGUUCUCGCCGAUAUCACCAAAACUUCGGUUCAAGUACCGUUGGAGAUGAUGAAGAUGGUCAAACAGGUGCUGGCUCUUAUGGGAACCAUGCAGGAGGCCGUGACCGAAUGCGGAACUGCUGCCAUGGCAACAGCGACAAAACAAUGUGCGGGCGUUGCGUUGGACGUCGGUAAAUGCGUAUCUGCUAAAAUUAACGGCACAUUCAUUUUAUUAAAAAAAAAACAAUUAUUUGUCUCUUUCAUAACAAUACUAUAUUAUACAAACUAAAGUUCAAACCAUACUAUGUAUGAUACGAAACAUAAUGUUAACAAUUACU